AUGCGAGAACAGCGCGCAAAGGAGGCAGCCGCAGCAAACAAGGGAAAGAAGGAGGAGUCAAAGCCUGAGCCGGAGACGAAGCAGGCAAAACAGCCAGAGCCGGAGCGCUCGGCGGCAGAUGAAGCUUUUGCGCAAUUUAAAGCCGAGAGCGAGUCCGCAUGGUCAAAAGCGCAGGAAGAGAGCCGACGAGCGGAGGACGAGGCUCAGAAGAAGAAAGAGCAGCAAAGAGAAGACGCCGAGGGGGAUGGAGAGGGAGAGCAGAAACAACAAAGGAAGAAGGAAGAGACCGCCCCGCCUCCUCACGGAGAAAAGACACCGUGGCAGGUGUUCACUGAGACUUUGCAGAAGGAGUUCAAGGCUAGUAAAGAGUGGGAGGACAGCACCAAGCAGCUCAGCGGAAGUAUCCAUGAUUUUACACAGAACCCGAACGUGCAAAGGGCGAGGAGCGCGUACGCUAGAGCUGCCGAGGCUGCAAGUACGACCACUGGCAAGGUAUUUUUGGGCACGGCCGGCGCGAUUGGCAAAAGUGCUGCUUGGACGUGGAACACGCCUGUUGCACAGGUCUUUAGAAAAGGAGCCACCGCUGUAGGAUCUGGAGUAGAGCAGGCAACACGGCCGCUGAGGGAGACAAAGGCGUACAAGGAUGUGAAGGACACCAUCGACGACGGUGCAUCGCAGCGAUAUGGCGGCUGGGUAGAAAAGGAAGAGCGAAGGCGAAAGCGUGAGGAACGCGAUGCCAAGCUCGGAUACAAAUCGCCAGAAGUACAUGAGGAGGAUCCGGAUGCUGGCACUAAUGUCACAAUCCACAAAGACUCGGCAUGGAAGGAAAGCUGGAAGAAUUUCCGGGAGAACAACCCGACCAUGCAACGUUUAUUCAGCUUUGGCGACACCUACCGGCAAUCCGAGAACCCAUUGAUCAGCACAGCCCGGAGCGUAAGCGAUCGCAUUGCUGGAUUUUUCGCUGAGAACGAGACGGCCAUGGUUAUCAAGAAGUUUCGCGAAAUGGACCCCUCGUUCCAGCUGGAGCCAUUCUUGAACGAGAUGCGGUCAUAUAUCCUUCCCGAAGUUCUGGAGGCUUACGUCAAGGGCGAUGUGGAAGUCUUGAAACAGUGGCUCUCGGCCGCUCAGUUCCAAGUUUACCACGCUUUGAUGCAACAAUACACCACCGCUGGACUGAAGUCGGACGGCAAAAUUCUGGAUAUCCGAGGAGUCGACAUCCUUUCCGCAAGAAUGCUGGAUCCAGGCGAGAUUCCUGUUUUCGUUCUCAUGGCGAGGACACAGGAGGUGCACGUUUACCGCAACGCUAAGAGCGGAGAGCUUGCUGCUGGAAUGGAAGACAAGGUCCAGCAGGUCACUUAUGCCAUUGGUGUGACCAGGAUUCCCGAAGAAGUCAGCAAUCCAGAGACAAGAGGGUGGAGAUUAAUCGAAUUGCAGAAGAGCGCGAGAGACUACGUCUGA